CCAUUUCUUUCCAUUCCAAUAUAUCUCCAUCAUCACAAACUUCUUGUUCUUGGCAUCAACAAUGGCUAUGAUCAACCUCAACACCAGACUCUCUUUACUUCUUCUCUUGACUCUUUCUCUUCUUCUCCUUCCCUCCCACUGCUACACAAACCCCCAGCUGCAAGAAGGAGAGGAGGAAUCAGCUGAAGAAGGGCUGUUUAAGUGCUUUGUCAGCUGCGAAAAGCGACGAGAGAACGAGCAUGAAUUAAGCCAGUGUGAGAAAAGAUGCGUGCGGGAGUAUCAGGAGAGAAAGAGAGAGGAGCGAGAGGAGAGAGGCGGCCGCCGCGGUGAGGAGACGGUUGUGCCGAAGAUAGACGAGCCCAGGAAGGUGUAUGAGCAGUGCCUGAGUCAGUGUGGCAAGACUGAGGGGUCGAGGCAGCAGUUUGAUCAGUGCAGAAGAAUCUGUGAACGUCAGUACGAGCAGCAGCAGCAAAGGGAAAAACGUGGCGGCGGUGAAGGUACAAUAGAAAAUCAUCACCGCCGUGAUCCCGAACAGCAAUACAAACAGUGCCAAAGCAGAUGCGCGAGAGAAGAACGUGGAGAGCAAAGGCAGUAUUGCCAGCAGAAAUGUCAAUGGGAGUAUGAAAGGCAGAAAAGAGAACAAGGGCGCGAGCAGGGCGGAGGAGGAGGUUCGACGAAUCCCAGAAAAGAAAGGGAAGAAGAAGAGGAACAAGAAGGCAAGAAUCCAUACUUCUUCGAGUCACAGAGGUUUGAUUCUAAGUACAGAACUGAAGAGGGGAACGUCAAAGUCCUCGAGAGGUUUUCCAAGAAGUCUGAGCUCCUCCAGGGCGUCGACAAUUAUCGGUUAGCGGUUCUGGAGGCGAAUCCCAAUACAUUCGUGCUUCCUCACCACUUUGACGCUGAAUCAGUCCUUGUCGUCGCCGGCGGGAAAGGAACGAUAAGCUACGUGUGGCAGAAUCGAAGGAAAUCCUAUAACGUGAAGCUUGGAGAUGUAAUGAGGGUCCCUGCUGGGUCAAUCGUGUACUUGGUAAACCGCGAUGACAACGAAAAAUUAUAUGUUUUGAAGUUGUUGCAGCCUGUAAAUACUCCAGGCCGCUUUAAGGAAUACUUUGGUGUGGGAGGAGAAAAUCCAGAGUCGUUCUACAGGACCUUCAGCAAUGAGAUUCUUGAGGCUGCCUUCAAUGUUCCAAGUGACAGGCUGAAGAGACUUUUUGGACAGCAGAAGAAGGGUGUAAUAAUCAGGGCUUCUAAAGAGCAGAUCAGGGCGUUGAGCCAAGAAUCUGAAGAGUCCUCCAGGGGAAGAAGAGAGGAGUCUUGGGGCCCAUUCAAUCUGUUGGAGGGACGGCCCUUGUUCUCCAACAGAUACGGGCAGUACUUCGAGGCCUCUCCCAAUGAUUAUCAGCAGCUAAAAGACCUGGAUGUUUCAGUUGGAUUCAUGAACAUCAACAAAGGUGGAAUGGUAGCACCUUACUACAACUCAAGGUCCACAAAGUUGGUGUUGGUGGUAGGAGGGAAUGGCCGCUUUGAAAUGGCAUGCCCUCAUCGCUCAGCCCGAAGCAAACAAGGGAGGAAAGAAAGGCAAGGAGAAACAACUGAUGUACGCUACCAAAGGGUGAGUGCCCGUUUGUCCAUAGGCGACGCAUUCAUCGUCCCUGCCGGCCAUCCUAUCGCUAUGAUUGCCUCCCAAGACUCGAACUUGCAACUAGUGAGCUUCGGGAUCAAGGGUUCUUACAAUCAGAAAUAUUUCUUAGCCGGACAAGACAACAUAUGGAACCAGGUUGAGUCAGAGGCAAAAGAGCUGUCGUUCAAGAUGCCGGCAAGAGAGGUAGAGGAGAUAUUCAGAAGGCAAGAACAGUCGUAUUUUCUGCCUGGUCCCGGACAGGGAGAGGAGAGGGGAAAAGAGCACUAUGUGGCUUCGAUUUUGGACUUUGUUGGCUUUUGAUCCGAAGAUACGAUGAUGACUUUUGGUCUUUUCUGAUGUAAAUUUGAGUAGCUGUGCGAUGAGUUUGUGUGAAUAAAUAAGAAGGUGAGGCGAUAUGUACUUAGCUAACUAUAAUAAGUGAUGGGGUUUCAAACCUUUUGUAUAUUUCUUGUGAAAAAUGGACCAAUUUUUAUUCUAA